AUGGCAACAAUUGAAAAAAUAGAACAAGAAUUAAACCGAGUAAAUAAUAGAUUAGAUGAGGCAAUGGAAGAGUUGAAGCAGUGGAAAGAGGGGAAAUACAAAGGGAAGAAGUUGGAAGAGUGGGAGAUAGAGUUGCUUGAGGGGAACUUGAGUGAAGCAAAGAAGACGGAGUUGGAAGGGCGAAUGAACAGAUUGUAUAAGGAAAAAGAGGAGUUAAAGGCGACGAAAGCGAAGUGGGAAGAUCAAGUGAUUAAUUUACAAAAUAAAUUAACUAACUUUGGGAAAGAAAAUGCAGGUGUUGAAGAAAAUAAAGAAUCAGAGGGAAAAGGAAUCAAACGUCUAGUAGAGGAUGAUUAUACAUAUGCUACAGCUGAAAAAAAAGCAAAAAUUGUUGAAGAUAUGAAGGUACCACCCUCAAGCUUUUGUAGAUCAUGUAAAUGGGAAGAGGUUGUUCCUGUGAUUUUCAAUCAUCGGCCCCAUGAUGCUGAUAUUCCUAUCACUCUAUAUCAUCAAUCAUUUGCACAUUUUCAGGAGUACUGUACCAAUAUUCAUAUCUCAAUGGAUGAUUGUGACCUG